AUGGAGGAGCCAGAUCUCGCCCACUUCCAGUCCAUCCCAUGGUGCUCCGCCCUGUUGCAAGACCCCACCUUCGUGAUUACGCCCACCGAUUCCCGCCAGCCCAAAGCUUCCACUGAGGAUUCCUUGACUGCCGAAACGCUCAAAACUCAUAAUGCCAUUCGAGCUUGCAUUUCUUUCUACAAGUGCCCCACACCUGGAGAGUCAUGGAUCCCUGAAGUGCGGACACUAGUGACUCUCGGUUCUGGUAUGAAUGGAUUCCCGGAUGUCCUCCAUGGGGGCAUUAUCGCCACACUUAUGGACGAUGUGAUGGGGAUUCUGACCAUAACCAAUGAACGCCAUGAUGGGGAUCCCCUGAGUAAUGGGGCAGUCACAGCACAGUUGAAUGUGUCGUAUUUGAAGAAAGUACCGACACCUGCGACUGUGUUGGUUGUGGCGAGGUGUAGGGAGGUUACGGCGAAGAAGUACCUUAUGGAUGCGGAAAUAAGGGACAGUGAAGGAGUUGUGUUGGCGAAGGCGGAUUCUUUAUGGGUUAGGAUAAAGGGAAGACAGCCGAACUUAUGA